AUGAGUCUCAGCAGUCUCUUACAAGCUAAGAAAAAAGACCUUAAGCACUGUAAUACCAUAGUUACAAACAUGCUCGGUGAGAAAUAUAAAAUUAUUGAUAACGAAGUAAAAUUGAUUGAUAAAGGACUUCCGUUUGUAGUGGAUACGAAACCCGAUUUGCAAGUAGCUUUGGCUGCUCCUCGAUUAUACUUUGGUUCUCAAGACCCAGUAGUAAAUAUUGAUAUAUUACAGCGCUACAAAAUACGUCAUGUCAUAAGUAUUGGUAUAACAGUUGAAGUCAGGUUCAAAGAGAUUUGUUAUUAUUCCGUCGAUUUAUUAGACGUACCCGAAUCCAGUAUCUUCAACACAUUAAAAACCUGCUUCAGUAUAAUAAAAAGCAAUCAACAUGAAAAUAUUUUUGUCCAUUGCAAUGCAGGAGUAUCGAGAUCAGCCUCGGUUAUAAUAGCUUAUUUGAUGGUGACCGAAAAUUUAUCCUAUGACAAGGCUUACCAAAGAGUUAAAUCUGUUAGGCAAUGCAUCAAGCCGAACGACGGGUUUGUCCGGCAAUUAAAGGCUUUGAAAAUAUCAGAUUUCUCAUCCGUAUGAAUUUUUUCUAGGUCAGGAUUAAGUUGUCUGAAAUACAAUGUACGAAGGUAGUAAUCAAAGGAUAGUACGUGAACACAACGUAAAUUUUUAAAUGAUAUAUUAUUAUGAUAGAACUCAUGUUCAAUGACAUCACUCACUUAUGUAAAUAUGUUUGUAUAUAUAUGUAUAUAUAUAUAUGUUUUCGCGCGCGCGUGUGUGUGUGUAGGUAUUAUCUGAUAAUUACAUAUCGUUAUCCAUUACUCAUUAGAAAAAUUCAUUUUCAUGCUUAGCUUUCUAUUAAAUUGUCGGCCAAAAUUAAAUUCUUUUAAAUUCAUUGAUUGCGGCUUAUUAUAGUAUUUAUAAUAUAUAUUUUUGCAUUUGAUAAAACGUGCAUUGGUAAUUCCAAGUGGGUAUAUUUAUAAAAAUUGCUGUAAAUCUAAAAAAUAUAAGUGAAUUUCUGUGUACGUACUUCAGUAAUCAUUUAAUCAAUGAUUACUAGCUGUUGACUUACCAGCAGUGUUUAAUUAUCUGGUUAUACAUAAUCAUGUAAUUAUUAUCAAUAUCAUAUACAUAAACCUAAUAUUCACAUUCCUCCAACAAUUGAAAUGAGCUGUCUUGAAGAAAGGUAGACAAGGCACUUGAACCGAAUAGUUUUUCUUAACUAGUUGGCCUCACAAAUCAGUAUGCAUGGUUUUUGCAUAUCAUAUACCAAAAUUGUAAAAUAAAACAGGAAUAAAUAAAAUUCGCUCGCUGAAUAGUAUCGUAUACCUAUUCGAAUGUGGAGUAUUACUUAUAACAUAUUUGUUUAUAAA